GUAGUGAUACAAUUCUCUGUGCUCUUUUUGUUAUCACGAUAUCGAAUAGUUUUAAUGAAUACAGUUGUUCUUAAAAACAGUAAAAUAAAUAUAGCUAUCACCAUGACAGAUUCGAAAGUGUAUUCUUCUUUGUUUGCACUAGUAGACAGCCAUUUAUCCAAAACCAGCGUACAAGACAAUGGCGAAGAUACUGGUAAUCAGACCAUUAAAAAUAAUCCAUUUAACAAUGUUCUUGAAAGUAAUUCAGAAACUUCGCUACUCUCGCAACCACCUCGCAGAUUUCCCAUAUCACCUUUCGACACGAGAGAGAGCCCCAUUGUAAAUGUUUUAGCUCAGCAAGUAACAAAUAUGCUCAAAGCUAAGGAAAUAAAAAAACAAAAACAAGAAAAGCUUAAGUUAGAAGAAGAAUUGAAGCAACUUCAAAUAGAAGAACAAAAUAAUACAGUAAUAGAUUUAAUGAAGGCUAUUCAAACUCCAUACAAACCUGAUUUUAUUUCACAUGAUGAAGAAACUCUUAGUAAUAGCAGUUCUUGUGAGUCAUUGUUUAAAUUGAAUUUUAAAGAUUGUGAUGAUGAUGAACCAGAAAAAACUAAAACUCCAGAGCCUUUGCUACCAUGUACAACAGAUAUGUCAUAUAUACUGAAACAAAAAUUCAAGAGAGAUAAAGCUUCUUCCUUUGGUAGAGUUGUGACAUCACGAUUACGGCCAGUCGCUGCACCAUAUUUAAGGCAAAUAUAUCCAACAAGAAUUAUUAGGUUCGCUUUUAACACCCCUUCACCCUGUGAUAUAAUUAAAGAAAAAUUGAGAAGGCCAACGAUGUCCACUACUUACACAAUUAACAAUUUGGAAGACUUUCAAUGAAUUAUAAUGCAAAAUUAUUUAACUUCUAAGCAAUUAAUUGGCAACCAUAAUAUUAUUAGUGAUACCACAUUAAUAUUUAGAAAUUGAAUAAUUUAUUAUAAAUUAACAUUUAAACAUUUACAAUGUACUGUUAUAUUAUAACAGCCUUAUGCUGAUAAAACUAAAUGAUGCUAGAAAUAUAUGCUAUCAACCUAUAGUUGGGAAUUUUUGCAUAGAUUUCAAAAUAUGAUAAAACUACACUUUUCUUGUAUUAACAUUACAAUGUUAGCUAUUUGUGACAUAUAGUUAUUUCCUGAGGGCCUCCGUUAAAGCCUGGAGUCUUGAGAUAUUCUCAGAAGCCACCCAAUGUCUGCAACUUUAUACUCUGGCGCCUUAAGAAGCCAAUGUAGCUGUUGGUUCCUAUGCUUGAUGUCUUUCUGGAUAUUUUGGUUUGGCGUCCCAUCAAAUUAUGAGAGAGCACUUUUAGUUGUGCACUGUAAUAUGUCCUGGCUAUUUUGUGUCUUGGGAUGGCCACGGUGACUGAAAUCAGUCAGAACAAAUCAUGAUAGUUAUUGUUAUUUAUAAAUUGUUAGUGUAGUGAUGUGAUUUAUGUAGGAACUGUUUAUUGUUCCAAGUAGUCCUGAAUUUUAUUAUUGAACUACAAGUAUCUUAAUACAAGUUUUGUAAAAUGGAUGAACUGCAUAUUUGGAUAUCACUGUUCAAAGUGAUAACUAACAAAACAUUUAUACUUGUGCCUGUGAACAAGUAGGAACUUUAUUUAGGAUAAAUAUUAUACAAUAACAAGUAGUAUAAGUUUUAUGGAAUGACUCAAAUUUAAUUGUAAAAAUACUUUAAUUUUAUUGCCUAUUAAAUAUAUAUAUUGU